ACUUCUUGAGGAUUGUGUUUUUUUUCGUUAAAGAACCGUCUAUCUGUUUGAGUAUUGUGCGUUCAUUUCUUUUGCGGAAGGGACCAUCUAUCUGUUUGAGUAUUGUACGUUAGUUUCGUUUUGUCCGAAGGAACCAUCUAUCUGUUUGAGUAUUGUGUUCGGUUCGUUUUGCAGAAGGAACCAUCUACCUGUAACUUAACUAUGGGACAAGUUUUGGGAUGCAUUCAAGUGGGUCAAUCAACUGUGGCUAUUAGCGAAAGAUUUGGAAAGUUUGAAGAAGUGCUUGAUCCUGGAUGUCACUGUGUUCCAUGGUUCCUUGGGAGCCAGAUAGCUGGUCAACUCACCUUGCGUGUGCAGCAACUUGAUGUUCGUUGUGAAACCAAAACUAAGGAUAAUGUGUUUGUCACAGUGGUUGCAUCUGUACAAUACCGAGCUGUAGCAGACAAGGCUUCGGAUGCUUUCUAUAGGCUCACGAAUACUAGGGAACAAAUCCAAGCUUAUGUCUUUGAUGUUAUUCGUGCUAGUGUGCCCAAACUGUACCUUGAUUCUGUUUUUGAGCAGAAGAAUGAUAUUGCAAAAGCUGUUGAAGAAGAGCUAGAGAAGGCAAUGUCAGCUUACGGGUAUGAAAUAGUUCAAACACUUAUUGUGGACAUUGAACCUGAUGUGAAUGUCAAGAGAGCAAUGAACGAGAUCAAUGCAGCUGCUAGAAUGAGACUGGCAGCAAAUGAGAAGGCUGAAGCAGAAAAGAUACUGCAAAUAAAGAGAGCUGAAGGAGAGGCGGAAUCCAAAUACCUGGCAGGGUUGGGUAUAGCUCGGCAGCGUCAAGCUAUUGUUGAUGGGCUGAGAGACAGUGUGAUCAACUUCUCUGAGAAUGUGCCUGGCACAUCUGCUAAAGACAUCAUGGACAUGGUAUUGAUAACACAGUACUUUGACACUAUGAAAGACAUUGGUGCAUCAUCAAAGUCAACCUCUGUGUUCAUCCCUCACGGUCCUGGUGCUGUUAGGGACAUUGCAAGUCAAAUUCGUGAUGGCCUCCUACAGGGACAAACAAUGGAGAAGUAGUUCCGUGCGAAACGUCUUUGCUUUCAUCAAGUUUGGUGUACAGUUCAGUGUGAUGAACUUGAAUGGAGUUAUCUUAAACACAAGUAAAUAAUGUUUUAGGUAUUGCGUGGUACAUUAUAGAAAUCAUAGUACUCCUUAAUGGUUUUGUUUGUCAUUUUAAUAUUUUGCAGCUUUUAUAGGGUAACUUGCUACACAUUGGUGAUGAUUGUGCUAAAGAAAUUUAUAUUUACGUGACUUUUUAAAGAUUCAUCCCU